AUGGCGGAAGUCUUUGGAGCUGUCGCGUCUGGAAUAGGCAUCGCAGGCGUUGCUGCCCAAGCCAUCGAUGGCAUCCGAAAGCUGCAGGCUUUCUGCAAUGACAUUCGCGAUGCUCCUGAAGAAGUAAAAUAUCUGACCACCGAACUGGGGAUUCUGCUGGGUACGAUAGCCAGUAUCGAGGCUCAGAUCCAAAAGAAUUCAAAUUUGUGCGGAAGUAUGAAUCCGACGCCGGCAUUGCGCUUCGUAGAUCAGAGCGUUAGAUCUUUCAAUACUGUCAUCGAGAGACUCAAUAGUGAGAUUUCACAGAGACGGACGAUGGGCUCGAUUAAGAUGGCUUGGAAGAAGAAAGCCUUGGAGUCGCAUCUGUUGAAGAUAGAGAGGUCAAAGACUUCGUUGGGGUUGGCUGUGUCCGCAUAUUCGACUGAGCUGUACCUACAGGCAGCCAUGAGGACUGAGACCAGAAUCGACCAACUGAGCAUGAACGUGACAACACAGAUAGCCUCAUACCAAGCACAAUUGACGGCUUCAUUUGGCCCUCAUCACAGCGACAGUCAGCGAAUCAGACGCAAUGACCAAUUCGUCGUCGAUAAGGGUGAUGAUAAAGACUGGGCUGGUAUUCGAGAGAAACACAAGCCUCCGAAAUGGAUAUCAGUCAUAUCCUUCACACUGUCCGUCCCCCUCUGGCUCUCGCAGCGUUCUUUACAGAUCGAUGUACGCCGAACAGCUCAGAACUGGACUCUGAGUCUAAGACCGUACCGAACGAUUCCGUACGACGCCGAGACCUGGGAUGCCGUUCGAUUUGGCAACUUUGAUAGAAUGCGGAGUCUUAUCGAAUCUGGACAAGCAACAGUCUUUGAUCGACGUGGCGAUGGAACCACGCUUCUACAUCGAGUCUGCACGUGGGGACCACCGCUAGCACCAGAAGUUUUCUCGCGCAUGGCUCGUUAUCUAGUCGACCGGGGCGCUGAUGUCAAUGAGCCUACGCGUGACGGCUAG